GCCUUACAAAUGUUAUCUAUGAUUUAUCACUCCAGUCUUGCUUUUAUACUUUCAAAUUGUAGGAAUUAUAAAAUAAAAUAUACAUUUUUUAAAACUAUUUUAUUGAAAAAAUUAAGGUGAAAGAGGUAGCUCCAUUACACGUGUAAUUCGUGUUUCCGUCCAGUAGAGGGCAAUGAUGUCUGCAAAUUCUACUUUUACAAUGACAUUUAAAGCUAAACGAGAAGUCAGAGAAGAAGAAUUCAGUCGUAAAAAAAAUGGUAAACAUGGAGCAGGAGACCCAAUGUUAGUGCAGGUUGCUGCGGGCCAGUGACAGAAUGGGUCGCGGUGAGGAGCUCAGUGAGUUUCAGCGCGGCACCGUCGUGGGCUGUCACCUGUGUCAGAAGUCUGUCCGGGAAAUCUCCGCCCUGUUAAACCUUCCACGGUCCACGGUGAGCGCCGUGAUUCUCAGGUGGAAACGCGGAGGGAUAACGACGGCUCUGCCCCGGAGCGGCCGACCGCACAAGCUCAAGGAGGAGCACCGCCAGUUGCUCGAGAAAGUAGCGCUGGAGAAGUGUCUGCCCUCCAUCAAAGCUAUCGCUACCGAGUUCCAGACGGCGUCAGGGGCCAACGUGAGCUGCAGCACUGUCCGCCGCGAGCUGCAUGAAAUGGGCUUCCGCGGCCCGGCGUCAUCAAACGGCAAGCCCAAAGGACAGAAGACAUCAAAGAAGCAGGCAGGCCUCAGUCAAGAGGACGCCGCGGUGGAUGUGUCACAUCUGGACCUGCGUGUUGGACGGAUAAUGACAGCCGUGCUGCUGCCUGACACCGACAGCGUCUACAUGCAGAUCGACUUGGGAGAGGUUAUCCCCAGGACAGUGGUCAGUGAGCUGGCUAAGCACGUACCUGUAGAUCAGGUGCAGAAUCGCUUGGUGGUCGUGCUCUGUAACGUGCAGCCAGUAGUGGAAGGCGGGGUGGUCAACGAGGCUAAGAUAUUGUGUGCCAGCUCACGAGACAAACUGGAGAUCCUUGACCCUCCGGGUGGAGCAGCGCCAGGGGACAGAAUGACUUUCCAGGGAUUUCCAGGUGAACCCGACAAAGAGCUGAACCCCAAAAAGAAGUUGUGGGAGCAGGUCCAGCCAGACCUGCGCACAGACGCUCGGUGUGUAGCCACCUACAAAGGAGCUGCCUUUGAAGUUGUAGGAAAGGGGGUGUGCAAAGCUGCCACUAUGAGCCAGAGUGAAAUCAAAUAAACUCAAGGGAGUUGCUUGAAAUAGCCCAAGACCAAUCCCAGCAGCCAGCCUGCAUCCAGAAUGUUGUGGAGCUGCCUCACGCAAGUCUGCAGGCUGGUGGUGACAUGUUGUCAUGGAGUGAGGUGUCCAGUCCUCACGUGGGGCCAGCAGCCCCACACCUCUCACACUCUGGUAGUGGAUGAAGAGCCCUCUGCUGGACAGACAUGAACACAACUGUUUUAUCAUGAGAUAAUUCCCUGUGAAAGGACACAGUAAGUGUGUAUGUUUGUUUCAGAUGAGACUAAACAAAGUGCUCAUCGUGGUAAAAAAGAAAAGGGAAGUUCUCUCAGAGAUUCCCUUUUUGGCCUGAAACUACACUGUAAAAGUUCAAUGUUUUCCCCAGAGACUGUGAACAUCAUUUCUAAAGAAAAACACUUUCAACUUAUAGGCCCUUUAGAACAGCGGACUUUGGACAGUUUUGCUUUCUUUGGUCGUGUGGAUGAACAGGAAUCCGUUAAAAAUUCCAGUUAUAAAAAAGGGAUUUUUUCUGCAGAGCGAGCUAGGGGAUUUUUUUUUUUUUUUACAAAAUGACCGUGAAGUGUCAGGUUUCAGUCCACUUAUGCUUGAUUUCAUUCUGUAAUGAUGCAGUUUAGUUUGCAAAAUUCCUUUCAACAGUCCUCUUUUCUCUAACCCGGAAAUGUAAAAAAAACUUCUGAGUCAUUGAUUUUGAUGUAAAAGUGUUUUGACCUUUUGUAAUCAGACUGUAUUUGGUGACUAUCCCUUAAGUUAUGGCAGUAGCCUAGUUCCGUUUUUAGAUUUGAUUUUAAUUAUGUUUCCAUCUGAGCUUCAAUUUAUUAUUACUAAUGAGCAUAAUGACCAUUAAAGAAAGAAAGAGAACGACGUGUUGUUUCAAACACACAGUGUUCAUGUUGCUUACUGACAUACAAACGAGUGGCUUUAAAAAGCUUGAAAACUUGCUAAGUUCUUCUUCCCUUCUUGUAAAGGAAGAACUGACCAACUGUAUGUAAAGAAUGAGGAUCUGAUUCAGGAACUAAGAAGUGGAACAGCUUGACUUUUCCCCCUAUUUUUAUAGUUGUAUUUUCUUGGAACACAACAUGACCCACAUGGAAUGGUUUUGUUCUGCUCAUGAGAAGAAAGUUUUUUAUUGUUACAAGAAUAUGAAGAGCGAAACCCCCCCACCCCACACACAUCCACACAAUCUGAGUCAUAUGUUUCUGUUUAUGUGAUUGAUUCUAAUUUGUGUCUUUACAUGUAAUGUUAUGCUCUGCGGGAGCCUCAACGUGGGACCUAUCAUCUCUUGCUCUAAUUCAACGAGCUGAAUGUAGGACAAACCAAUCUGACCUCCCUGCACCGCAUAUUAAAAUGUCAAGGGCUGGUAAUAUUGUUGUUGCUCUCCACCCACCUCUGAUUUGUUCUCCGACACGUAGGGGAAAACAGAGCUGGGGCACUGUAAAGAUUCAUCUCUCGUUUCUGUCCCUCCUAUUGCAGCAUAGGCAGCCUUUCUUGUAUCAGCCCCGAAAGCGUGCAGUGGAGGGGAAAGUUUGUAAACAACCACCUGAAACCGGGACUGAGUCAACCUAUGAAUAAAGUGCUGCUCCCACACCGUGUGUGUCCUGUUUUUGAGGCCACAAACAACAGGAAACGGCAAACCCCUCCCACAGAUGACAAGAGAGUUUUUGUGGUUUGGGUUUAUUUGUUUUCAUUUGCUCAUAG